GUGAAAUUUUGUUAUUUAUGUAGAUAUAUAGAUAUAGAUAUAGAUAGAAGAUCAGAGAGUGUGGAUUUUGAAUAAAGUUAGGAUCUUUUUUAGUGGGAUGGUAGGGAAAGAGGAUGAGGGUGGUGAGGGAAGUGGUACGAGUGACGGCUCACGGGCGGUUAAUAAUAGUAAUAGUCUGAUUUCGGGUAAUAGGAAGAUGUAUUGGCGGUCGGCUUCUUGGUCGUCGUCUCACGUGCCAUUGCCACCACUUGUUCCGGAAAAUGUGAAAGAUGGUGUGGAUGGGAGUGGUGGUGGUGGUUUGAAUAGAAGGCGGCCUGGACCGUUAACUCCUAGGUCGAAUAGUAAAGGGAGGUCAUGUUUGCCUCCGUUGUCCAUAGCUAGAAGAAGUUUAGAUGAGUGGCCGAGAGCGGGUUCGGAUGAUGUUGGUGAGUGGCCGAUUCCUAGUACACCUAAUGGAAGAGACUUGAACAAUGGUGAAAGAUUGAAACUUGAUUUGUCGUCAAUUCAAAGAGUUCCGGAUAAGAAUGGUGGAUUCGUGAAAAGAGAUAAGAUUGCGUUUUUUGAUAAGGAGUGUUCCAAGGUUGCUGAACAUAUUUUUCUUGGUGGUAAUGCCGUUGCUAGAGAUAAAGAUAUACUUAAACAACAUAAAAUUACUCAUAUAUUGAACUGUGUAGGGUUUGUGUGUCCUGAAUAUUUUAAGGGAAAUUUUGUUUAUCGAACUUUGUGGUUGCAAGAUAGUCCUUCAGAGGAUAUCACGAGUAUAUUGUACGAUGUUUUUGAUUACUUUGAAGAUGUUAGAGAUCAAGGUGGAAAAGUUUUUGUACAUUGUUGUCAAGGAGUCUCUCGGUCAACUUCAUUGGUAAUUGCUUAUCGUAUGUGGAGAGAAGGACAGAGCUUUGAUGAUGCUUUUCAGUAUGUAAAGGCAGCUCGAGAGAUUGCUGAUCCGAAUAUGGGGUUUGCAUGUCAGUUGUUACAAUGUCAAAAAAGGGUUCAUGCGUUUCCGUUAAGUCCAAGCUCAUUACUUAGGUUAUAUAGAAUUGCUCCUCACUCGUCAUACGACCCAUUACAUCUUGUACCAAAAAUGUUAAAUGUACCUUCUCCAGCUGCUUUGGAUUCUAGAGGCGCAUUCAUUAUGCAUGUACCUUCAACGAUCUUUAUCUGGGUGGGUAAGAAAUGUGAAUCCUUAGUGGAAAAAGAUGCAAGAGGUGCUGUUUGUCAGAUUGUUCGGUAUGAAAAAGUUCAAGGACCUAUUGUUGUAGUUAAAGAAGGGGAAGAACCUCCAUAUUUUUGGGAUGCUUUCUCUAGUCUUCUGCCUUUAAUGGAUAAAUCAGGCAAUGUGAUGGAUAUUGCUAAGCUCUCUAAAGUUACUCCUGGUGAGAGAUUAGUCGACUCAUACAAUCUUGACUUUGAAGUUAUUCAGAAAGCAAUCGUUGGUGGGUUUAUGCCUCCAUUUGCGUCAUCUGAGACUAAUCAAGAAACACACCUCCCUGCCAGGGAAAGCAGUUGGAGUGUCUUGAGACGUAAGUUUGCACUUGGAAACAUGAAGGAAUUUGUCUUGGCUUCUAAAUCUUCACCAUCUAGAGUCUAUCCUGAUACAGUGCUACUAGGUGCAGACUAUCGUUCUAAUUCUAACUCUCCAUUGAAACCAACUGGUUUCUCUUCAACUUCUUCAUUGUUUUCGUCAUCAUCGCUGUCACCAUCAUUUUCAUCCUCGUCUUCUCCUGAUUCCAUAUCUUCUGAUUCAAGCAUUAGCUCCAAAUGUUAUUCGGAUUCUCCUGCUGCAUCUCCAUCAUUAUCAUCAUAUUCUUUCUCUUCGACUUUAUCCACUUUAUCAAAUUUAUCACUUGUUCCAACUAAACUAUCUCCCCAUUCCAUAUCUAAAAAUUCUGAAUUUAUUGAUGUCAAUUUUACUUCGAACUCAUGUUCCCAGCCAGUCUUGUCACCAGCAAAAAAGUCUUCACUUUCUAUUGCUGAACGCAGAGGUGGCACUCCUAAAUGUCUUAAACUACCAAUGCUGCCUGAUGAUUCACAGGGGUGUGUAGCCACUGAAUUUAAUGAAGAUAUUGUAAUACAAACAAAUCAAGGAUCUCUUCUUCAAGGUUCUUGUUCUUCAUGUUUAAACACUUCAGAUGUAGGAGAUGUGUUUGACUCCAACCGAACAUCUAAAGCUUUACAAGGAAAUCGGGCUUUAAAGAGGAAAGAGUCACAUAAUUUAUCUGUGGGGAGUGGAUCUUCACAUCACAAUUUGAAGCAACAAGUAGUGGUACUUGAGUGGCCUAGUUUGGAGAAGGUUAUGGAAUUUUGUAGUGGUGAUAUGGAUUCUAGCCGCAUGUUCAUUUUUGUCACUUCUAGCUCGGGUUCACAAAAAGAUGGGGAAUCUGUUUUAUAUCUAUGGCUGGGAAAAGCUUUUAGGCAGGACUGCAUGAAUAUCCCCAAGACAAACAAAGGACAUGCUCAGUCCCCAGCUUUUUCCAUCAAGGAACUGUCUAACAACGUUCUCUCUGAAAUUGGAUUGUCAAACGACACUCAAGUUAAGGUUGUUAAGCAAGAUGAAGAACCUUCAGAGUUCGUUGCAUUACUGAGAUCUUUGUAGCUCUGGUGUAGAUGUGUAAUUAAAUGUCAUGCACCUUUCCUAACUCUCCCCUGUUUCUCUUCGACAACAUUCCUGCAAACAAUGCUGGGAAGAAAACGUUGAGAAUGUAUCAAAGUUUCAGUUGCAGACGCGCAAACCAUGUUGGACGCGUGUGGUACCAUUUGUUUUCUAACCUUGACACAUUGGUUGUAUAUCUGCAUGCUAAACAGCUUUAUAUAACCCUAAUUAAUGGAAUAGAUUUACUGAAGAUUUGCUCA